AUGAAUAAAAUUUAUAGUUAGUACAACUUAGAACGUUUAAGACUCUCAUAAUCUUAAUCUGAUUCAAUCAAAUUAGAGAGUAAACAUCAAUGAUUAUAUCUAAGGAACUGAUUUAAAAAGAGGAGUUGGUAAAAACGCAAUAAGAAAAAUUUUUGGAAUUGAUGAAUCAGGCAAACAUGAAUAUGACCUUUACGAGAAUCAAUAAUUAGAUGCAUUCAAAAAAUAUUUAGAGGAUGAUAAUUAAUAAUUGUCAGAUGAACUAUCUCUUAGAUUUUUAUAUGCUAAUUAAUUUGAUUUUGAUUAGACAAUCCAAGUAUUAUAAACCUAUAUAACAAUCUAAGCAUAUACAUACUCAUCAUUAAUGGAUUAAAAAUCCUAAUAAUUUUAAAUGGACAUUAAACACAGAACAAAUAAUCGUAAAUUAUAAAUCAUUAAUUUUAAGAAAUAAGGAGCUAUUUACAUUAGUGGUAGAGGAUAAGGUUUCAAGCCAAUUAUUGUUGUAAACGCUGAUAAAUUAGAUAUCUCAACUUAUCCUAUUGAAGAUAUGAUGAGGGCUAUUUCAAUUGUAUUUAUGGUGGUUAAGGAUUAUAUGUUAGUAUCAGGAAAAGUUGAAAGUUGGUUUGUAAUUGUUGAAGCCAAAAACACAACAGCAUAUAAGAUACCCUUUAAUGUACAUAUAUUUCUAUAUAUUGAUAGCAUUUGAAUUAGAUAUUUGAAGUAUUGAAACAAAAUUUUCCAUGUUAUUUAGAACGAGUGUUCAUUUUAUAACCUUAAACAUCAAUUUAAAUUACAUGGUAAAUUGUUGAAUAGUUUAUUCCUUAUAAUUCUCGACACAAAGUAGAAUUUAUAGACAAUGAUUAUUCUCUCUUAUUUAAUUACAUCAAACAAAAAUAAUUAGAAUUAAGACAUGGUGGUAGGGCUCCAAAUGUAUAUGAUUAUUGGCCACCUCAUAUUGAUGAUUUUAAUGAAGUGGAAUAUUUAUUGAAAUAGAAAAUGGAAACAUAAAAGAUCAAAGAAUAAAUUAAUGCACUUUAAAAAAAGAUGCCAUUUACAUCAGUUAUAGAUUCUGAAGUUUCUAAUUUAUUAAGAAAGCAAUUCAAACCAAAAACAAAAAUUUAUUAAGAAGAAACCCAUUUAGAUACAGAAAGCUAUUUUGCAAAUAAAACAGUAUCCAAAACAGUCUUAUUAAAUGGACCUAAAAAAGAAAAUGUUCAUUCUAAUGAGAGUUAAACAUAAUUAGUAUAAUAAUAAAAAAUAUAAGAAUCAAAUACAUCUUUAGAAUAGAAAUAAAGAAUUCCAACUAAUAAUAAUUUAUAAAGUACAAGCUUUCCUCAACAGACUUAAUAAUAACAAUAUGGUAUUAUUCCAUUCUAAACUCGAUUUGUGAGUUCUAAAACAAAAAUAAAUGAAUCUAUGGGUUCAUUAGUGAAUGCAGCUAAUCAUAAUCCAUUAUUUUAAUCAAGAUUUGUUGGAGUAAAGACUUAAACUAUAGCAUCUAACAAAGAUGUUAGUAUAAUAAUAAAUAAAGAAGAGCAAGCAACAAAUCACUCUCAACUUAUUUGA